GGUUUCCUGACAGCUAAUGAUUGAACUUUGAACUAAAUACACAGCUCAGCUUUGCGUAUUGUCCUCGUUGCAGGCGCGAGGCCUCUCACAAAUCCACAAUCCACAGCUUGCUUGCCCAUCCACCAUCGGUAUAAAAACCCUCAGGCUUAAGGCUAUAAUUUAAUUUUCGAAUCGUCCGCACUUCGGUACCACAGCACUCGUGACUUUAACUUACCCUUGUAUACAUUCAUCCACCGCAGUACUUACUCACGAAACUCCCCCUUGAUUAGUAGCCAUCAUGUCCCUUGGUCUCCCACCGGUAUCGACAGGUCUCAAGUCUAUAGCGCCGUACCUCCAACGUGCUGAGGAACUGGUCAAUCAACAACCAGUUGUGGCAUACUGGUGCGCGUACUAUGCAGCACAACUUGGUAUCAAUUUGAAAGCAAAGGAUGCUGCUUCACGCACACUGCUCCUAAAUCUCCUGAACGCACUCGAGCGCUUGAAAGCAGAAAUCGGUCCCAGUGACACUAUAGAUAGCGAGCCUGCGAGCGCAGCGUUCGUUGAGAACUUUGCCCUAAAGAUCUUCCGCAUCGCCGAUGAUGAAGACCGUGAAGGUCAUGCAACAAGAUCAACUGCGAAGAAGUUUCUUGCCGCAGCAAAUUUCUUCGAGGUCUUGAAAGUAUUUCCAACGACGGAUAUCUCCGAUACAAUAGAUGGCAAGAUUAAAUAUGCUAAAUGGAAGGCAGCUGAUAUUGCAAAGGCAUAUCGGGAGGGUAGGAAGCCCACACCAGGUCCUGCUGGGUCUCAGUUUGACCUAGAACUCCUCCAUGCUACUUCUGAUGCUUCGGAGCUACCUUCACGAGUUGAAGAUCCUCAGACCUCCCCUUCAGCAACGAGCCAAUCCCCCACGUUGCCUCAAACGUCGCAUUAUCGACAGACACCAUCUCCAAAGAUGAGUCCAGAUGAUAUCACUCGUGCCAAUCGCUUGCAUUCCCCUCGCCAUGAUGAUGAAUCGCUGAGCCCCGGGUGUUGGAGUACGACGGCGACUCCAGGAUUCGAUCUUGCUCAGGAUAACAGCAGUGUCAGUUUGGACCAGGCAAACAACUGGCACGAAACCCCUCUCAAUGGUAGAGGGAGUCAACUUCGUAAAGCCUGGAUUAGCACCGACGUGGAGGACACGACUAGCGAUGAAGAGCUAGUCCGAGAUCCGUUGCUUAACGGAUCAUCGCCUAGUCAGGUUCCGUUCUUGCCAUUUGCUAGCGAGUCUCGGCCGUCCGUAUUCCAGUCCUCAUCUCCGCCCAAAGAGCGACCUGUUAUAUAUGCACCGACAACCAAAGAUCAUGUUUCCCCCACUCCUCCGCAUCCUACCUUCCUUCCUUCGAUCUCUCCACCGAGAGGCUCGCCACCGCGAACCCGUGUUCGCGGUCCUUCAAUAUCGUCUCAAGAACUUCCGCUUGGAUUUGUACCCUCGAGUCCAGUGCCUCCGCCCAUGAUUCCUCCUCCACCAAUGCCCACUAUAUUCGCACCUUCUUCACCUCCUCGCAUGGUGCCUCCGCCUCCAGCUCCCGCCCCAGUUCCUGCCCCUUUACCAAUGAAUAAUUUUCAACUUACGUCCACUAUCAUUGCCAAAGCACAGAAGCACUGUCGCUUUGCUAUUUCCUCGCUUGAUUACGAGGAUGCUGAACAAGCGAGAAAGGAACUCAGGGCUGCGCUGGCUCUCCUCGGAGGUUGAAUUGAUGCAUUAGUGUCGAUUGGUCAUGCUAUCCAGUGUGGGAGCUGGUCUCUUUCCUGAGGAAGCGGGCUUUCUGCCUGAAAGGCUCAUGUAUUUUUCUUCAUCUACCUGUGAUUUAAUGUAGU